GUAUGAAUGUAUAGGCUAUUUUAUACAGUAAAAUUUUAAACUGGUUUAUGAGCGUUACAAAGGUAUUGCAAUUGGAAUAUCUGUCACCGAGUCUAUGAAAACAUGCUCAAGUUGUCACUCCAUAUACUGUAUAACAACAGAAAAAAAAAAAAAACACAAGAAACAAAAACAUGAGGAGCACGUUUCAUGAUGAAUUAGAGGCAAACUAAAGACCAAAUUAGUCAUUGACGUAAGACGUUAUGUCAAUCACAUCCAACUCUAGAGAGGCUACCAUCGUCUCUUCCGCUAAUCAUAUGAAAGAAGAACAAAACACGAGUUUCUUUUCUCUUCCAUAAGACAUUGCAUCUUAACAAACGCCCUCGUCAACAUCUAUGACUUAGGAUAUGGUUCUUUCACUGCAUACUCGUAUGGAAACAUUUGUAUUGAACACUUAAAGUUAAUACCGCUUUGGCUUUUUAUAGAAUAGAAGCCAAGAAACUUUUGAAUGUUUCUAACGACAAUCAAAACCUCUUUUUGAAUAAAAUGUCAUCAACAGCUGCUGAAUAUGUUCAUACUACUAAAUGAACAAUGUCAUGUCACUAAUAUAUAUAUAUGUAGGGAUCAAGGUCACAGAACAAUAUCACCACUUACCACAAUUAAAACGCACAAGCAAAAAAAAACGAAAGGAUGAUAGGAACCAUCUUUCUUCUCUUCUUUUAUAUUUCAAGUUCUUCAUACACUUAUGCUUCUCUUACACUGUGUCGUCCAGACCAAAGGGACGCACUUCUCGAGUUCAAGAGUGAGUUUAAUGAUGAGGGAAUUCAGGGUGCUUGGACCUCGUUCUGUGUCACCUCUUCUCCCAAAAGAAAAUCAUGGGAAAACAAUACCGAUUGUUGUUAUUGGGACGGUAUCACAUGUGAUGCUAACUCAGGUGUGGUGAUUGGGUUAGACCUUAGUUCCAGCUGCCUCCAUGGCCAUUUCAAACCCAACAGCAGUCUUUUCAGACUGCAAUAUCUCCGGAGUCUGAACCUUGCUUACAAUGAUUUCAAUGCCUCUUCAAUCCCAACUAGGAUCAAUGAACUCAUGGGCUUACAAAGACUUGACCUUUCCUACACUUCAUUUUCUGGUAAAAUUCCAACAGAGAUUCUUCACCUAACCAAGUUGGUCUCCCUCGAUCUUUCUUCUAUUUUUAUGUAUCCUCAGACUCUCUCAUCCCCUGGAAAACCAUUUCUUUCUCAACUUGCACAGAACUUAACAAACCUUAGACAACUUGAUCUGAGCCAUGUAAACCUUUCCUCAGAAAUUCCUCAGGUGAUGAUGUCAAACCUGACCUCUCUAAGAUCAAUCCGCCUUCAUGAUUGCAACUUAUUUGGUAAAUUUCCACGGCUGAGUCCUACUAUUCGAUCCAUUGAUUUGAGUGUCAAUCCAAAUCUAGAAUCCUCUCUCCCAGAAUUCGAUGCAAAUAACUCUCUUGUAUAUUUGGACGUCACUGAUACAUCUCUUUCAGGUAGCAUACCAGACUCUGUCAGCAACCUCAAACACUUGAAGGUUUUGACAUGUUUCAACUGCAAAUUCACAGGGAAGAUUCCGUUUUCAAUUGGAAACCUUUCUCAUCUCAACAUUCUUGACCUUGGUUAUAAUAACCUUGCUGGUGAAGUCCCAUCUUCAUUCCAGAAUCUGAACCGAAUGACCGAUCUAUUCCUGGUUAAUAACAAGCUUAGCGGCAAAAUUCCCACUGCGCUAUUCAAUCUUACAAAGUUGUCGGUCUUGAAACUUGCCUCCAAUCAGUUCACAGGCACGCUUCCUCUUAACAUCACUUCACUCUCCAACUUGAAUGUCUUUCACGCAGCCUCGAACUCUUUCGUUGGAACAAUCCCUUCUACUUUCUUCAACAUUCCUUCUCUGGUGAGUCUUGAUCUGGGUGAUAACCAAUUCAGUGGCCCUCUUGAGAUUGGGAAUAUAUCUUCUAUGUCUAAGCUACAAAGCUUAGAUCUUUCAAAAAACAAUCUCACAGGAGCAAUCCCUACAUCCAUAUCCAAAUUAGUCAGCCUUGUGUCUCUUGAUCUUUCCUAUUUCAACAUCAGAGGCCCACUUGACAUCGGUAUCUUCUGGCAUCUCAAGUCGCUCCAACAACUUACUCUAUCCCACAUAAAUACCACCACUAGUAUUGAUUUGAAUGCAGUUUUAUCCUUGCCUCUCAAGUCGUUGUAUAUCUUGGAUCUCUCAGGCAGCCACGUUGCAGUAGAAAACACGAGUUCAGUUUCCACCGUUUCAUCGCAGCAGUUGGAAAAUGUGUACUUGUCCGGCUGCGGUAUAACAGUGUUUCCUGAGCUUAUAAGAUCUCUACAAUAUAUCUUUAUCAUAGAUCUUUCUAACAACAACAUCAAAGGUCAGGUGCCCGCAUGGUUAUGGAGAGUAGCAACUAAUGUUAAUCUUUCCAACAACACAAUCAGCGGUUUCAAAGAAUUCCCAAAAGAUCUCUUCUCAAGAAGGGCGAUAAAGACAUUAUAUCUGAGCAACAACAACUUCUCGAAAGAGAUCCCCAGAUCAAUAUGUGAAAUGACCUCUCUAGGAAUCGUUGAUUUAUCAAACAACAACUUCAGCGGAUCUGUUCCAUAUUGCCUCAACAAUCUCAUCAGGAGGUCUCUUUCAGUUUUGAACCUCGCUAACAAUCACCUCAGUGGAAAACUAGCAGACAUAUUUGCCAACGAGUGCAUCCUAAGGUCACUCAAUGUUGGUCACAACCAAUUGGUGGGGGAACUUCCAAGAUCUCUGUUGGAUUGCUCUUCUCUGGAGGUUCUAAACAUGGAGCACAACAGAAUCAACGACACUUUCCCAUUCUGGUUGGAAUCAUUGCCAAACCUACACAUACUGGUUCUCCGCUCUAAUGAGUUUCAUGGGUCAUUACAAUACCAUCCAAAGGUGGCAUCUUUCUAUCCUCAGCUGAGAAUCAUCGACAUAUCACACAAUGACUUCACGGGAACCUUACCGUCAGACUUGUUCAUGUACUGGCAAGCUAUGCACUCGGAAAGAGAUGGUUCACAACUGGAGUACAUUGGACAAGGCCCCUACUACCAUGACUCAAUUGUUUUGAUGAACAAAGGAAUAGAGAUGGAAUACACCAUGAUCCUUACAAUCUUCACAUCAAUAGAUAUUUCAGGAAACAGACUACAAGGCAUCAUCCCUGGAUCUAUUGGUCAAGUGAAAGCUGUUAUAGUGCUAAAUCUAUCAAGCAACGGUUUCGUGGGCAACAUACCUUCAUCUUUGGCGAAUCUGAAUCAGCUUGAGUCACUGGACUUAUCGCAUAACAAGCUCUCGGGCCACAUCCCUCCUGAUCUCGGGCAGUGGACAAGUCUAUCUACCAUAAGGGUGUCACACAACAAGCUCGUGGGCGUGAUUCCGACAAGCACACAGUUUCAAACGCAGAACGCUUCGGGUUUUGAAGAUAACGUUGGACUCUGUGGUCCUCCUCUUGAUCAGUGUCGAGUUGGGAAUGAUGAUUCGCCGCUUACACAACAAGAGGAGGAUGAUAAAGAAGAAGUGUUGAGCUGCCAUAGGUUUCGCACCUGGUAUCGUGCUUGGAUUAAGCAUUGGGCACUUCAAGUUACGAUCAUAGAAGGCGCAGGGUAACUCCUCGUUAGCUAUGGAUCCUGAGAUACCCUCACUCAUGAAAUUGAAGAGCGGACAAGAGUCGGGGAGGAGGAUCGUUAAGUGCAUUUGAAAUUGGGCCAAUACAGUGGGCUUGAAUAAAUUAGGCCAGUGCUUACGGAUGAGAGAUUAGCGAAGACGUUUAACCUCUUUCUUAUUUGUUUUUCUUCUUAAAGUUUGCCCAUCUAUCCAUUAAACUUCAACUCUCUUUUUUUUUUUUCCUUUUGUUUUUCUGUGCAACCGAUAAUCGUAUAUCCUUUUAUGAAGAUCUAU